UGAUGCUCCAUCCUCGGUCCUCCAAUGCCAUGCGUGAGCAUCUAGCCUGGCUCAUGAACUUUACAUGCAUUCUCCAAGAAGCGGUAUGACCUUGUGAUGCAGCUGCCACCAGCCACGGCGUAGCACUGCUGAGCACUAUCGCCAUUGAGGCACGGAGAGGAAUGACGUUCCUUCAGAUCUUUUCUUGAACAGGGCCCGCACUUCCGACAAGCAAUGAACGCACCACAGCCUUGCUUUCAGCGCUGGCGCAUGGUUUAGACGACAGGUGCGAUGCAGGCUGCAGAUCCUGCACCUUAUACAAAUCGCAGGCUAGGGCAUGACCUCACGGCCAUAAGCUAUCAAAGGCUCCAGGAACCACAAGGCAAGGAUCCAGGCAUUUCUGCCUGGCUUAACGCAAAAGACUACAUGGACCAGAAUUACCAUGGAUAUGACGAGGAACGUCCACACAUGAAUCGACAAUACCAGAGUCGCUCGUGUGAACCUCUGUGCACGAGUUCCGCGCAAGCUUCGCGUAACAGCGCUUGGCAAUAUGAGCAACAACAGAUAAUAUCUUCCGGAUACAGGCCACAGCAAUGGCACGACGGCUCAGAAGGACCGGUGUCGCCGAUAGUACUGACACCACAACCACAUGUACGCCCGUUUAGACAAUUUCAACAGCAGAUUGCACAACCUACACAACCAGCUCGCCAACGAGGACGACCAGAACCACUUUCAGGCAUUCCUAGUCGGCAGCAAUAUGAGCAAAGAAUGGGACCAUCAGAUCCCACGUUACUUUACCCCCAGAUGAGUCCAUAUGAUCCGGAUGGCGUGUAUGAGAACAGAGACGGGAGAAUUUAUGCACCUCGAGCUAUUAGUCAACCAGUGACACCGAGCUUCCGGGGUCGUCGUGACUACGCAGAGGAACCAAAUGAGAUGCUGAAUGGCUUCUCAAGGAUGUCAGUCAGUCCUCAAACACAGAGAUGGCGACCUUACAGCGCCAUAAACACAACAGAAGCUCCCUUCACAGAUGAAGAGGAGUUCCACCUCUUCGUGCAGGCCACGGCAGGCCUGGGACCAGCAUCUCCCAUGCGCGCCUCGCCAAUUGUUGCAGCCAAUGAAGAGGAUCGAAGAAGACAUACAAUGCAUUCACAGCCAGAUCCUUCGCAGCUGGUCUCGCCUGUGCAGCAGACGCCAACCACAAUGCUUGCGCUUCAGCAUAUGGCGCAAAUGCCGCAGCAAGCUUUUACUUUGCCGCGACGUCCAGCUGAUCAGCGGCCGGCUGUGCAACCAAUACAUGCUUCAGAUGGAGGCCUCAAUUUGUGGGCCGAGCCUGGGCGGCGAGAUGCAAGUGAGGGUGAUGUCAGCCCUGUGGAAGAAGAAUUGCCAGGUUAUGCUGAGAGCCAGGCUCAAGCACAAGCGGUGCAAGCGACAGAGGCGCGGAGAAGAGCACAGGAGCUGGCUCGGAGGUGGCAUGCUGCUCAUGGAUAGGCUCUGACGUGGGAGUACGUAUAUGCGACUCCUGUGGCAGACCAGUGGAAACUGUACACACUGUAAGGAGAUGGUGGAAGGCGUCGCUCCAGGACAAGGCGACGAGAGCAUCAGGAAGCGCAUCGGAGUUGAAGUCAGAAAGAAAGAAUUUCAUUUGAUACCCAGCAUGGCAUUCGUUUGGACACCGAUGAGCAUAGCAUAGCAUUCGUUUGGAAAGCUUCUUUGUACAUAGCAGUUUCGAUCAAGAAAAAGAACGUUGUCAGAGCAACGGGGAAUCGAAAAUCCUUGGCUCCGAACAAAGCCAAAACGCCA